AUGGCCGCGGAAAGGCAACGGCGGGCUGACGAAGUAACAUCUCAGCCUCAAGACAUUGCCCCGGACAUCAAUAUUGACUGGGAUGCACUGAUGCUAUCGUCUGAAGAGAUACACAACGACCUCAUUGCUACCAUGAUCGCUCCCGGAGCUGGGUUGAUCGACGUCGAGGACGAGGACGACAGCGACCAGAUCUUCGACAAUAUAUUCAUGCCCGUCUCCGAAGGCGGUGACACAAUCGAUACCUUGGACGAUGAUUCACUGGGCAAACCCUACACGCCGAUCACUCGGAGCUAUCAGGAAAACGAAGCCAUUCUCAAUGCCUACUACAUCUUCAUUCAUCCGUACUUUCCAAUCCUGCCACCGCCAGUGACGACACUGCAAGUUGAUGACCCGAUGAGCGAAUCGAAAUACUUCGAGCCGGCAUCUCCUUUGGUAAUGGCAUUAAUGGCGAUUCUCGUUCUGAUCCCCCACCCGGAAGACGAGUACCCUGACAGUGAUGAGUCUGUAUGUCUCAGAAGGCAGCAAGCACACUCAUUCUCCCAGAUGGCCAUGGAGAGCAUUGAGAUUGAGACCGAGUUGCUCGAAUCUGCCACCAACCCGUCUGAAGCUUUGGAUCACCGUCGACCAUCGGUCGAUCGCGAAAAGCUUCAUCCAUGUGUGCCGGUCGAGCUAGAAGGGGUGCUGGCACACGUAUUACUGAGUAUCUAUGAAUACGCCCAGCGGGGGAAUCUGGCGAAGAUGAGAAAUCGAGCCAGCCAAGCAUACGAUGCUGCCAUCAGACUUUGCCUGCACGACAUCUCCGAUCUUUCUUUAGACGAAUACACAGAAGCGCGUCGACGCGCCUGGUGGAUGACCUAUAUUGUCGUCCUGCAGUCUUCGAUUGUCAGCAGCACGCCUCCAAUCAUCUCGAUUGAUUUUCAUCAAUUCAGGACCCCGUUGCCAACAUCGCCAGCGGACUCCGACGCAUGGUCGUUUUUCAUUGAAGCCCAGCAGUGUAUCCUAAGGUGUACACAGUACACUGUGGCGCUGAAGAAGGCCCUCGACAGCGGUCUCGGGGACAGCACGCUGGAUCAACGGAAAGCGAUGCUUGAGAGCGACUUGGAUUCGGUCCUUUUCAGAUAUGCGUCCUCCCCGAACGAGCCGUCGACCCUGUCACCUACAGACCCUGAAGAACACACUCUGGCCAAAUCACUGCGACUGCAGGCGCUGAUCAAGCUCAACAGUGCGAGGAUCAAACUCCAUCGGUAUCGCGCUUUCCAAGACGUCCCUAUAUUUACCCGUCGUCACUGCGAUCUAGACCAAGCGGACGUAUCUUCCCCGCGCCCACUGGGGUGCUCGUGUCACGCGAUGCUCCCGUCUGCCUUCUCAAACACUUCGCCCCAAGGCUUCCAGUCCGGCGGCUUUCCCGGGCUUUGGUCGCAGUCGCCUCGCGGGGUUUCCGUUGAUGCAUCUAGCGACCACGCAGACGCGCUGACCAAGAACGUCUCGAUCACUGACCUGCCCGCUGCAAAGACUUGCCUCAAGGCUGCGCUUGCCAUCGGCCGGGCGUUCGAAUCAUUCCCUUACCCCAAUCCGAUGCAGCUGCCGCUCCCCCUACCUUCUCCGCCAAUGUUGUCACCCGUCUCCUCGACCCCGGCACCACGGACUAUGCCCUCGUUUGCCUGCUGCGCCAUGCAAAGCUGCUACACGCUGCUCACAUUAUGCUACAAAAGCCUCGAGAUGCAGUGCAUCAACCAACGGAGUUCAGCCGCCGACAAGGGCAUCGAGGAUCUGUACGCCGGCGUCGGCCGAGUUCUGAGGGCGCUGCAGAACUAUGCAGUCGCGUUUGAAGCUCUGAACGGCAUGGUCCAGCAGGUAGAGGAGGCCCUGGAGGCGCUGAAGCAUGUACGACAGCACAAUAACUGA